GCAGCGCUCUCCCUCCUUUGCAGUCAGUUCUCCCCCGGCCUGGCCAACAUGAGUUUCACGGUGGACCACCACUUCAUGGGCCCGAGCUCGUACCGCAAGGUUCGGCCCGCAUCCGUGUCUUCCAGCGGCUUCCACUCCCAGCAGCGCCGCCGCCUCACCUACAGCCAGCCGCCCUCCAUCGAAAGCCUGGAGACCUUCAACGGCGACAUGACGCGGAGGAGCGAGAAGGAGAUCCUGCAGGCUCUCAACGACCGCUUCGCUGGAUACAUCGACAAGGUGCGCAACCUGGAGAUGCACAACCGCAACCUGGAGGCAGAGGCGGCGGCGCUGCGGCAGAGCCAGGCGGGGCGCAUCUCCGUCGGGGAGCACUACGAGCGGGAGCUGAACGACCUCAGGGGUCUCCUGCAGCAGCUGACCGGGGAGAAGACCCGCGCCGCCCUGGAGCACGAACACCUGGAGGAAGACAUCCAGCACCUGCGGGUCAGGCUGGAGGACGAGGCGCGCAACCGCGAGGAGCUGGAGGCUGCCGCCCGCGCCAUGAAGAAGUACGUGGAGGAGUGCCGCUUGGCGCGGCUGGAGCUGGACAAGAAGCUCCGCGCCCUGGAGGAGGAGGCGUCUUUCCUCAAGAAGAACCACGAGGAGGAGGUGGCGGAGCUGCUGGCGCAGAUUCAGGGCGCGCAGGUGAGCUUCGACCUGAGGGACACGCUCAAGGCGGACGUUACCAACGCGCUGCGAGAGAUCCGCUCACAAUUGGACAGCCACGCGUCAAAGAGCGCAGUGCACGCAGAGGAGUGGUUCAAAGUGCGCAUGGAGCGCCUGUCCGACGCUGCCAGGUCCAACCAGGAUGCGAUCCGUGGCUCCCAGGAGGAGAUCUCAGAGUACCGCCGCCAGCUCCAGAGCCGCACCAUCGAGCUGGAGACCCUGCGAGGAGCCAAGGAGUCGCUGGAGAGACAGCGCAUGGAGAGUGAAGACAGACACCAGGAUGACAUCACCUCACUCCAGGAGACCAUCAAUCAACUUGACAACGAGUUGAAAACAACCAAGUGGGAGAUGGCGAGCCAGCUGAGGGACUAUCAGGAACUCCUGAAUGUGAAGAUGGCUUUGGAUAUCGAGAUCGCUGCAUACAGGAAGCUGCUGGAGGGAGAGGAGAACCGCUUUGUGUCCGGUGGCAGCCCGUACACCUACCUGGAGAGCAGGAUCUCAGCCCACAUCAAAGUAAAAAGUGAGGAGAUCUCAGACACUGUGAUCGUGGAGGAACAGACGGAUGAGACACAGGUGACAGAGGUGACAGAAGAGGCAGAUGAUGAAGAGGAGGAGGAGGCAGAGGAGGAAAAGAAAGAAGAAGAUGAGGAAGCGGAAAAGGAAGAUGAGGAAACCAAAGAGGAUGAAGGUGAAGAAGCAGAGAAGGAGGAAGAAGGAAAGGAAGAGGAGCAGGAAGAGGAGGAGGAAGAAGAAAAGGAAGAGGAGAAAGAAGAGAAAGAGGAAGGAGGUGGAGAAGAGAAAACUAAAUCUCCUGCUGAGAAAUCACCAGAAUCUAAAUCUCCUCCAAAAUCUCCAGAAUCCAAAUCACCAGCAGCCAAAUCCCCCCAGCCCAAAUCCCCCGCCAAGUCUCCUGCAGGAGACGAGUCAAAAUCCCCUCCUAGUAAAUCCCCCGAAUCCAAAUCUCCGGCUCCCAAGACUCCCGAACCAAAAUCUCCAGAAAAGGAGAGUGCUAAGCCCGCUGCUGCCAAAGACACCCCAAAGGAGGAGAAGAAAGAGGAGAAGUCUCAGCCAGCCAAAGAGGAGCAGAAGGAGAAAGAGCCACCUGUGAAGGAGGAGAAGAAGCAGGAACCCAAGGAAAAAGAGCCAGAGAAGGUGGACAAACCUGAUGCAAAGAAGGACGAGAAGGCAAAGGAAGAAACAUCGAAACCUGAGACUCCCAGCAAGCCCGCUGAGGACAAACCUGCUCCAAAGCCCGAGCCCAAAGAGAGCAGUCCUCCUGCUAAAGAGGAGAAGCCCACUGCUCCCAAACCGGAGAAACCAGAGCCUGAGGCAAAGUCUGAGAAAACCGAAAGCAAGAAGGAGAAGAAGCUUGAAGAAAAACCAGAGAAAACUGAAACCAAGAAAGAGGGAAAAAAACCUGAAGAAAAGCCCGCAGCCAAGGUAGAACCAGAGAAAACCGAGAGCAAAAAGGAGGAGAAGUCAGACGAGAAGAGUAAAGAGGAGAGCAAAGAAGGAGCGAAGGCAGAAAAAGCUGAAAAGUCCUCUAGCACUGAGUCAAAGGAAACCAAGGAGGAGAAGGCCAAGAAGUGAGACCUAUCGCUGCAUUUUUACCUGUGGAGGAGAAGGAGAUGCCAAAGAACAGAGUAGGAAGGAAGGAGGAGAAGGGUGCAGAGCAGGAGGAAGGAACUGGGCGCACCCAGCUGUUCAGGCAGGUAACAGUAUGUAAGCAAUAUUGAUUUCUGUAGCAAACAACCCCACCGCUCCCCAAGUAUGGCCAUUACACCCCCCCUCACCCCUCGAAGCUUCUGACUGUAUGACUGUAGUGAAUGCAGAAUGCUCUAAACUCCUUAUGUGAAUGUGACAACCGCCCUUAAUGGACAUCAAGUGCAUUUAAACCGAAUCCUGACGGGGCCGGCAGGGCCCACACAAGCCUUCAUGGGCAGAGAUGUCAAAACUACGUCAAGCUAAAUGAUUGUGAGCAAUAUUGAAUAUAUAUAAAUAUGUUUAUUAAGGGAGGUAGAAAUCUCUAUAUUCUAUUUACAGAUGAAUAAUUUAAGGAAGACUUGAGUUUUGCUUGUUGUGCACCAAUAAUGCUGCUUCUCCAGACAGGCGAACGGUGGCGUCUCACUCUUCCAGUCUGCAAAUGCUAAGACAAUGAUGACUGUGCUAUGUAUAAACUGCUGAGAAUAUGCAAAAUGAAACAGUAAAUAAACAAUGGAAAAAGAAAAACAU